AACUGAUAAGAUGGCAGCAUAUUGAAUACAAAUGCUUAAACUGUGAAUAUUAAUAAACACAUUGUCCUUUGUUGUUUUCUAUAUAGGAUACCAUACUUUCAAUGAAGAGUUUGGUGGCUUUGAGCAGUCUUCUUGUUUCUGUGGUGGCAGUGGAAAGUACCAUCACAUCUUCGAUCGACAUACUGUUGGAAUACGUGAAAAUUCCUGCAGUUGAAACGUACUAUGUCUGCCAGCAGUUCCAGAUUCCAGAUGAUAGACCACUACACGUGACAAAAUUUGAACCAAUCAUUAACAGUUCUGCCAUUCAUCACAUGCUUUUAUUCGGGUGCAGCUUUGACAUGGAUGAGGGUCCACACCCCUGUGGCGGAAUAGACAACCGAUGCAGAUCGUGGUUGGUGAAAUGGGACAUGGGAAUGGUUGGGGAUAUAGAGAUGCCUUCCAAUGCUGGGGUUCGGAUAGGGAAAGGCGCGUUCAAAUAUAUCCUUCUACAGAUACAUUGGAACAAUCCUGACAAGAGAGCCGAUCUAACAGAUCAAUCGGGAAUGCGUUUGCAUGUGACCUCAUCGCUCCGCCCAUACGACAUUGGAAAUGUCCAGAUUGGUCAAAACGAGAUACAUAUUCCCGGUCUCCGCCAAUCCAAUCCAGUGUCAGGAGGGUGUUCCGGACGGUGUACGGGUCUAAUGCUUCCUCGACCAAUACAUCUUACUGAUAUCUACCUUCACAUGCACAGUUUAGGAUAUAGAGCUGCCUUGGACAUACAGCGGGAGAGAGAGGUGUGGGAGAGAGUUGCACUGGAAGAUAACUAUGACUAUCGGCGGCCAAUGUGGCAUCACUUGAACGACACUGCAAUUGUCAACCCUGGUGACAGUGUACGGCUGACUUGCUGGUAUAACAGUGUGGAUGGUAACAGGGAACGGGCCAAUAUGACAACCUUUGGACAGGGGUCGACGGCUGAGAUGUGUUACGCUUUUGUAAGGUAUUAUCCCCAAGUGCUCGGAUUUGACCAAUGCUUGCAGAACGGGACUCUCAAUAUCAAUUGUAUGUUUAAGAAUAAACCAGAAUAACAAGUGUUUA